UACCCAAACUAAAAAAGAAAAAAAAAAGGAGAAGUCUAUAGUGUAAAACAUAUCUCUCUCUCUCUCUCUCUCUCUCUCUCUCUAUUCUUGCUGCUUCCUCGGUUUCAUCGUCAACUGCAUUUCAUCUAUCUCAACAUUAAUGUCGUCAUUGUCCGUACCUUACGCCAAGAUCUCUGCGCCAAAUCGGCGCUUCGGAUCAUUUCCUAGAAUCCGACGGCAGCCGCAACUCAAUGGCGUCUCCUUUCCCUCCGAUGUAUCUCAGAAUCAGUCUACAAUCUGGAGGUUGCGUGCGACAACCAACGAGGUUGUCUCUAACUCUACCCCAGUGACUAACGGUGGGUGCUUGAACGGGAACGUGAAGAGCAAUGUUCCUGAAUCCGCUGAACUCUCUGACUUUAUGGCUAAAGUUUCAGGUCUUCUUAAGCUUGUGGAUUCAAGAGAUAUAGUGGAACUCGAACUAAAGCAGCUUGACUGUGAGAUUGUUAUUCGGAAAAAGGAAGCUUUACAGCAGCAAGCUGCACCACCAGCUCCAGUUUAUCACUCUAUGCCUCCUCCUCCUAUGGCAGGCCUUCAAAUGGCUCCAUCUCAACCAGUUGCUCCUCCUCCUGCUUCUUCUCCCUCCUCAGCCCCUGAAACAGCUAAACCAGCAACCCCACCUUCCUCUUCUCAUCCUCCACUAAAGAGUCCUAUGGCUGGUACUUUCUACAGGUCUCCUGGACCCGGUGAACCUCCUUUUGUCAAGGUUGGAGAUAAGGUGCAGAAGGGCCAAGUUGUUUGCAUUAUUGAAGCUAUGAAACUCAUGAAUGAGAUUGAGGCUGAGAAAUCAGGAACCAUCACUGAGCUACUGGCUGAAGAUGGAAAACCGGUUAGCGUUGACACGCCUCUGUUUACCAUCGUGCCUUGAAGCGUCAUUUUAGCUAAUACCGACGUGCUGAAAAUCAUUUAUGUAAUUGUUUCGGUCAGGUUGGUUUGGUUUUUCGUUUUUUUGUUUUUCCUCACCUUUUUGUAUGAAUCACGUGACGUAUUACUAUUGCAUGUUUUUAGGAUAAUUUCGACCAAACAAUUCCGUUUACGGUGUGUUAUACUAUCUCCCCUGGUUUGAUUUGAAA